UUUUCAAACUUCCGGGUUACGUGCUUGAGUUCCCCGCCUUUUGAGUAAGCGACGGACGUCCCCUUCACAAUAAUACCUCGAACGGUUUUUAAUUAGCCGCUGUCUAAAGGCUUUAUGAGACUUUUCUGAAACAUGGAGCUACUUAACGUUAGCUAACUCUUCAAUAUUUAUAUCAAACCAACAGGCAGUCAUGUUGCUACCGUCCGACGUCGCUCGGCUUGUUUUGGGGUACCUUCAAGAAGAGGGACUGUCCGCUACAAGCCGAACUUUCAUUCUUGAGAGCCAAAACCUGAAAGAGUAUGCAGAACACACCACAGAAGAUGGGACUAUUCCUGCUUGUGUAUUUUCUAUCUUUGGGAAAGGCCUAACAACCAUCUUAAAUGAGUAUGUAUCUGCCAAAACAAAAGCAGAGUCUUGUCAUGAGGUACCUGCCAUGAUGACUUCGUUGUGGAAAAAGCUGGAUUUUACACUCAACCAGAUCAAGUCAUUGCAGAAUUCCCCCGCUCUAUCAGCAAGUCAAAGAACACGUUCACGCAUUGGAGUGGCAAACAUGGCUCGACAGCGGGUCUUAAGUGUGGCUUCAGCUAGUGGUAUUGUCUGCACAUCAGUUUCUGAAACAAGCUCCAUCAUCAGCCCUGCACACAUCUCCCACGGCAUGCUCGGCCACUCAACGCCUGUGAGCUACACCGCCACGCACACCCGACCAGUUACCGCCAAUGGCACACACCAGCAGAUCCUGGAUGUCAAUCAAUCACUAAAUACGCCAAGAGAUUCACCUAUACAGAUAGUUGUUUCAGAAAAUCGGCUAAACCCAGGUCCAAUGUCUCCUGGAAGACGGAAAUGGGACACCCCCAGGAAGAGAGGUGGUGCUCAGAGUGGUUCCAGUGUCCUUGGCAGAUGCGCAAUGACCGUCAGUGAUCCCAGUGCAGAAUCCCAACCUGAAGAGGCAGCUGAUGAGAACUUUCCUCAACUUGUGAUACAAAAUGCACGUGACAAGAUAUUGGGGGACAGAUCGUUACAAGAGAAGCUUGCUGAAAACAUCAACAAAAUCCUCGCCAAUGAGCCAACGCCCCAAACAUCUAAGGCCCCUUCCAAUACAGUGGAGGCAGACCAGUCUAUAGAUGAAAUCCUGGGAUUACAGGGGGAAAUCCACAUGAGUGACGAUGCCAUCCAUGACAUUCUGGAGCAAACAGAGUCCGACCCAGCAUUUCACGCCCUCUUUGAGCUCUUUGAUUACAAUAAAACCAGAUUCACUGAUGGCGAUCCAGGGGAGGGAGAUAUUAGCAGUAGUCCAGAAGAGAGUGACACUGCUGGACCUUCAUCUACAGUUGUACCCCUUCAGAGUGAUGAUCCAGGCAUUGCACACAGAGAUACUGUGGCUUUAACUACAACACCAAUGACAUUGAAGAUGAGAGCUGGACAAGAGCGUAAGACCAGAAAGUCUACUGCUCCCACCUUGUUAAAGAAGGCUGUACUUGGCCCCAGCGUCAAAGCAUCCAGAAUUGAAAACAGUUUAGCCAAAUUGUUAGUGAAUCAAUGGGAGCACCAAGAUGUCUCAUCUGCUCCAAUGGACUCAAACAGAAAAGAAAAGGCCUCACUUUUAAAUAACAGUGGUUUUGUAACACCAAUGGAUAUUGAUGAACCUUUGAAUACACCUCCCCCUCUUUUAGACGGUAUAGACACUCAGGAGCCUGCUACAAACGACAGCACCCCCAUCACAACUUCCCCCAGUGAAUCAAACAUUCUUCCCUCUCCUGCAUUUGCACAAGGAUCUGAAGUGCAACCUGCUACUGCCCCCCCUGUUUUUUUGUUUCCUUUACAAGUUGAACUAAUCAACACUCCAAUGCCGACUGCUGACCUACCUCAUAUGUCAAUUCCAAGCACUGGAAUAAACACUCAACCAGGGUCUACUCUCUCAGUAACACCUGAAUCUGCCUCUUGCACGUCUUCUUCUAGCAGUUCCACAGUUACAGCUGUGCCUGCCUUGCCUUCAUCUACAUCAACUGCUACACCAGUCACAGCAACACCUAUCUCACCCACAUCUGCUUCUACCUCUGCAACGCUUACGGCUACACCUGCCUCAUCCUCACCGGUCUCACCUGAAUCCUCCCUGCCGUCUUGUGCCCCAGUUGGUGCAGCAUCUAAUCCUCCAACCACCAACCCCACCACCCCAAGCAAGGCUGCAGCAGAUUCCAGUAAUAUAGUUUCUUUAAAGAUCAUCAUCAGCGAUAACCAGGAUGAGGAUUCUCCCAGUGACACAACCUUGAGUCAGGCAAUUUCUAGCAUUUCCAGAGACAAGAUACCCACCAUAUAUCUUUCCUCUCCAGCUAAGUCCUCUGGAGGAGGCCCCAGCACACCAAAGGCCAACUUGGAUGAGGCAGCACAGGCAGUUAGUGGCUUACAAUGCGCAGAGGCACAUGCUAGUCCUCUCAGCUGUAAGGCUGGGGUUGUAGUUGCAUCCCCAUUAACAGGGACAUCACAGGCCCAGCCAAACUACAUAAUUCAACUACCCCUGGACACCACUAAUCCUGCCCUCCAAGGAGCCACUGCCAGCUAUUUCCUUGUAAAUGAACCCCAGACUACAGAUGCUCAAACUAGACAGGUGCUGCUGUCAGCUGGUGUUUCAAAGGGACAGCCUUUGCCUGCCAGCCAGUAUGGGGUGACUACACCAACUCGCUCUCGAGGCUACUCCACCGGGUCAACAUUCAUCCUACCAUCACCUGUUAAUAAGCCCAUGAUGCUUCCAGUUUCUGUAAUGGGGCAGAAUACUCUGGGCAAGGUCCAGAUGGUGUCCAAUCAGCUUGUUGCCAUACCAAACCCAGUACUGGUACAUCAGUCAAAAGAUGUAAAGCCCAAGUCUCCCACAAUGGCAGUAAAAUGGUCUACACCUGCUGGCACUGAGCCGAACCUGGUUGGUAAGUUAGUUCUACCUGUGAUGGCUAAAAACACAGGCCAGCUGGAUACGGAAAAGGGUGCUAGACAUAAGAGAAUUUUAUGUUUUGACUCUACUGCAGAGGUUCAACCACAAACUGCUGACACAACAAGAACCACCAAACCUCCAGCUACAAACACAUCUACAUCACAAUCUGUCCAGCAAUCUGAGAAAGAUGAUACACAGUCAGUGGCUCGAAGAAAACCUUCUAUCUUGGGUGGCAACAAGCCCAAGAGGAGGAUAGAGACUGUCAGAUGCUCAGCCAAUCCCCAGACUGGAGGAGGCUUCAUGAAGGAGGUAGAAAAGGCAGAAAAGGCCAUGCCUUCACAACAGCACCAGAAGGAUCCUCUCAAAAAGAACUCUCGCAAACAAGAUCAUAGCACCCAUAACAAAGAGUCUCAAAGUGCAAGAACCAGCAGGGUUGAUGCCUCACAGCCUGAGACUUUGAAAAAAUCAGAAUUAGGAAGGAGAUCAAAAUCAAUUGAAAGGAAACACAAUCAUAAGGAUGGUAAUGGAGCAAAAUCUAAGGAUUCUCAUACUUCUAAAUCAUUGUCCUCUGAUUCUGAACUGAAAUCAGGGACUAGAAUGGACAAAGAGGAGGGCUGCAGGAAAGAAGCUGCAGAUAAAUCUCCUGUUAAAUCAUGUGAGGGGCGUACAGAAAAGAGAACUCCCUCUCAGGAGAUACCAAAUGUUACCGCUAACAAGGAGAAUGAAAUUAAGGGUAGCUUGCAAGAACAACAUUCAACACCCUCAUCCUCAACAUUAAGAGACUUUAGCCCUCCAGCCGUCACACAGCCUGCAUCUAAUCCUCAGUCCAAAGCGACAAAAGCCCCCUCAAAGACCAGCUCUCUGGCUAAACAGGCAGCUGAGAUGCUGCAGGACCUCCAGGGGCUCAGCUCUCCUUCUACCCCCACCAGGAGGCCUGGAGCAAGCAGUUCCGACCAUAGUGUUCCCCGGACCCCCGGGCCUGGCCGUAACCAGGAGGAGUCAGCUGAACGUCCCAGGACUCCCUCCCGACAGAAGAAAUGUAGAGAUGGAGAGGGAACUCCCAAGCAUCUAAUGCCCCCCAACACCCCGGAUGUCCCCACCUGCAGCCCAGCCAGUGAGGCUGGCAGUGAAAACAGUAUUAACAUGGCUGCUCACACACUUAUGAUUCUUUCACGUGCUGCCAUUGCCAGGACAGGCACUCCACUUAAGGACAGUUUGCGUCAAGAGGAAGUAGUAGAAAGUUUGCCCGCAAGCUCAAAGAGUUCUAAAAAACGCAAACCACCUUCUCCCACAGCCAGCCCGCCUUCAAAGAAAAAGUCAAAACACUCUCCCAGCAAAAAGACAGACCGGGAAAGGAAGAAACUUGCAGAUUGCUUUCCCCAUGACUUAGAUGUGGAUAAGUUCCUGUCUUCACUUCACUACGACGAGUGAAAAUGGAAACACCAACGGAAAAGGACCUUAUCACUACCUACUCAAAUUACUAUCAGGAAUAAAAAAAAGCCAUCUGUUGAACAAGCGUGCAUGUUUCCUAUUUAGUAACCUUGCCCGAGACCUUAUAAGCUGUAGUGUCUUCUUCACCCAAUGAGGGACUUUGAUUUGAUUGAUUAGUUUCCGGUGUGAGGGAUCUGCAUACAAUCCUGUUAGAUGCAGUGGCAGAGGGGCAACCAUGGCACUUUGAUGUAUUUUUUUAUUUUUAUCCCCAUGCUCACUUCUGUUUAUAUUAUCAUUGUUUAGUACUACAAUAAAAACUAAUAUAAUGUGUGCAUGUUGAUAAAAUUAGUGACUCAAAGAAUUUUCCUGGUCAAUAUUUGACUCUUAAUAAAUCCAGAUAACACUGACUGAUCGGUUGGUAUGUAAAAAUAGGUUUUGGAAUUAUGUCUAGUACUUUUAGUAAAACUGAAUGAAGAGCUACCACUGAUUUUAGUUUUUCAGUUUUAAGAUUAUAUUUUACGGCAAAUGUGUUUUUUUUUUAUAUAUAUUUGUUCUUUGUUAGAUUAGACAAAAUGGCUGCAACUUGAUAAAUUGCAUACUCAGGCUUUAUUCAACGUUGUAAUAAAACAAAGAAACAGC